AUUUCCGGUAUUUGGUAUGUGGAGUCUUCCUCGGUUCCUCGGUGUGCUGUAUGUCUGUGUGAUCGAGUGUUGGUAGUGUGGUUACAAACGCUCCCGUCUCUGAUACUGUCAUCGCUUUGCACCGCGACCAACCUCCGUGUUCCUACAUGCUAGUUACCGUCGCGUCUCCACAGUUGUUGGUCAGAAAUGACUGAAAGCCCCACGACCAAGCCAUCCAGCUGGGAAGUGUGUCACGGUGUAAAAAAUGGACUGACAGCUGACAGAGGCUGCUUGGUGAAGAGCCUCCACCGCUGCAAUGAGUGGCAUCCCAAUAACCGCUGUCAUCUCGCGGAGCAGGAGGAGGUCAAUGUUGCAUCACAGUAUGGCACCCUGUACAAUCGGCCCUUCGUUGAGUCUUUCGAGGAGACACCCAUGCUGGUGGCAGUACUCACAUACAUGGGAUAUGGGAUCCUGACCAUUUUUGGCUACCUGCGGGACUUUCUUCGUCACUGGAAGAUUGAGAAGUGCCACAUUGCCAGGGAGAAAGAAGAACAGAAGGAUUUUGUGCCGCUCUACCAGGACUUUGAGAACUUUUACACCAGAAACCUCUACAUGCGAAUCAGAGACAGCUGGAACAGGCCUAUAUGCAGUGUCCCUGGGGCCAAAAUGGAUCUUCUGGAGCAAGCAUCCCAUGACUUCAACUGGACUUUUGAGUACACAGGUCGGAUAGUGCAGGAUGUGAUUAACUUGGGGUCGUAUAAUUACCUCGGCUUCGCUGAGAAUACUGGUCCAUGUGCUGACUCUGCAGCUGAGGUCACAAUGAAGUAUGGUGUCGGAGUUGCAAGCACCAGGCAGGAGAUCGGUAACCUGGAAAAACAUGAGGAGAUGGAGAAACUGGUGGCUAGGUUCCUGGGCGUGGAGUCAGCCAUGGCUUUUGGGAUGGGGUUUGCAACCAACUCCAUGAACAUUCCAGCACUGGUGGGCAAGGGCUGUCUGAUUCUGAGUGAUGAAUUGAACCACACCUCUCUGGUCCUAGGAGCCAGACUCUCUGGGUCCACCAUCAGAGUCUUCAAACACAACAAUAUGCAGAGCCUUGAGAAACUGCUGAGGGAUGCCAUAGUUCAUGGGCAGCCCAGGACUCACAGACCAUGGAAGAAGAUCCUCAUAGUGGUAGAGGGCAUUUACAGCAUGGAGGGCAGUAUAGUUCGCCUGCCAGAGGUGAUUGCCCUGAAGAAACGCUACCGAGCCUACCUUUACCUAGAUGAGGCCCACAGCAUAGGUGCCCUGGGCCCAAGGGGAAGAGGUGUGGUCGAUUACUUUGGGGUUGACAGCCACGAUGUGGAUGUCAUGAUGGGCACCUUUACCAAGAGCUUUGGUGCUGCAGGGGGAUACAUUGCAGGGAAACAGGAGCUUAUUGAGUACCUGCGCUCCCAUUCCCACAGUGCGGUCUAUGCCACCUCUAUGUCUCCUCCUGUGGUGGAGCAAAUCAUCACUUCUAUGAAGUGCAUUAUGGGGGAGGAUGGCACAACAAUAGGCUGUGAGCGCGUGCGACAGCUGGCAGAGAACACAGUCUAUUUCCGCAAGAGGCUUAGAAAAAUGGGAUUCAUCAUCUACGGCAACAAGGACUCUCCUGUCAUACCCAUGAUGCUGUACAUGCCUGCCAAGAUAGGAGCGUUUGGCAGGGAGAUGUUGAAGAGGAACAUUGGGGUGGUGGUCGUGGGCUUCCCCGCUACACCUAUCAUUGAGUCCCGGGCACGCUUCUGCAUCUCAGCCGCCCACACAAAAGAUAUGCUCGACAGGGCUCUGAGUGUCAUCAGCGAAGUAGGGGACCUUCUUCAGCUCAAGUACUCCCGACGCAGAAUGCAGCCAUCGUUGGUGCGGCCCUUUGACAAUAAUAUGUAUGAGGACAUUGACGACUGAUGAACCACUCCUCUCCCAAAGUGGCGUGAGUCAGAAGAACUCCAGAAAAUGCAGAACGGGUCAAGAUGGAUCACAAGUCUUCCACAAGGACUGAGAUGUGCACAGGUGCCCUUUGUCACUAGCUUGUCAUAAUGCAACCACCCAACAAAGGGAAAAACACUUAAAACUAUCAUCUAAUUCUACUUUGCCUUACCUAAACAUGCACAACCUGUGGUGAACACACAGCUCUACUUUUUCCUGUGUGCUUUUUAUUUUUUAUAUCACAUUGUGUCUAAGAUUUAUGUAAGUACAUUUGUAGUGCUUGUAGUAUUGUCAUGUUCAGCCUUUUUAUUCUUUAUGGGAAGUGUACAGACAUCAGCUUUCCAAAUGUCUUGGCAAUUGUGCGCUUCUGGGAUAUUUUUUCAUAUUGGAGAUCUAAAAUCAACUUUACUGGAGUUGAGUUAGAUUGCUUUAAAUUGUCAGUCAAAAUUAAAAGAACUAAAACUU